UCGGGAGUUGUUGCUUGGGUUGGCGGGUUGGUAGACAGACUCAAUCAACGAGUCGCUCACAACCAUGUAUGGCUGACAAACUGACUGACAACGGGUCGCUCACAACCAGACACUGACAUUGACAAUGUCAUCGACAGACGGAGACGCUGUUCCCGCUCGAUCAUCGCACAUUGCAGGAUCUCCGCAGGGGACGCCAGAUCCUCGUCUAAGCGUCGAUCGAUCUCCAUGUGCAGCGUGGGGGUUGUUGGGCGUUUCACCGCACAGCGGUGGUCCGGAGGUCCGGUUGGGGAAAAGGCGCCGCGGUACUGUUUUGCAAGCGACGGGAAGCGUUAUUGGCCCGGGCGUGACACCCAUUUCGCCUUUCGCUGGUGUGUUGGGGGCUUCUCCGUUGGGUGUGGCCAGGGUUCGUGACGCGGCCGCGUAUGGAGGUGUGUAUGGUGGUCUGUUGCUGCCACCCCGAUUGCUGCCUCGACGGUUGGACUAUGCGGCCACGAUUCCUUUAGCACCUGUAUGGUCACAUGCGGUGGGCCCCCCAUGUCCCGCUGGAGGCGGUUCCCUUUCAGAAGAUUGCAGCCACGCUUGGCGUUGUCCAACCGUUUUAGCUCCACGAGUCGUCGGAGCGGCGGCGGGUUCGUCUGCGGUGCCGCCUCAGGCUCCCUUUGUUCCUCCUGAUUUCACACCUCCGGUUGACGAUGUGGAUAGCUCUGCGGCAGUCGGCGCCGUGUUCGGGCGGCAACAACAUCCGCAUGCUGGAGGGCGCGGGUUGCUGGGCGUAUCACCUUAUGCCAGUCCGGAUGACAUGCGAUCAGCAAAGAGGUCUCGUGUUCUAUCUCUUUCGCCUUCGGUCGUCGUCACUCCCGGCGGUGCGAUUGUGCAGUCUCCGUUGCCACCCUUGUUGUCGUCUCCCGCAUGCCCGUCGUAUACUCCGAUACAUCCUUUAUCGGAUUUCGAUGUGUUGUGUUAUCUUGUGCUAUCAUUGCCAUUGCGGCCUCGCCGUUUGGAGUUUGUGUCUAAUGUCCCAACAACGCCGACGUGGACACGUGCAGCACAACCAUUUCUUCCGCCUCCAGUUCUCGUUGGUCGCGACGGGUUGGACUCCAUCCCCCUCGAGGAGUGUUCUCAGUCAUCAACAGCGGUGUUUGCAAGUGGAGGGUCCGCGCUGCGUGACGGAGGUGGUCCACGUACAGACCCACGGGUGCAACGUUCGUGUGCCGCAGCAGUUCAUGGGCAGGGGGGUGUAUUGGAUGACUUUGUGUCUAAUGUCCCGACAGCACCGACGUGCACAUGUGCAACACAACCAUUUCUUCCGCCUCCAGUUCUCGUUGGUCGCGACGGGUUGGACUCCAUCCCCAUCGAGGAGUGUUCUCUGUCACCAGCAGCGGUGUUUGCAAGUGGAGGGUCCAUGCUGCGCGACGGAGGUGGUCCAAGUACAGACCCACGGGUGCAACGUUCGUGUGCCGCAACAGUUCAUGGGCAGGGGGGUGUAUUGGAUGACAGCAGACCUUAUCAUGAUCGGCCAAAUGUGUUGAAAACGAUGCAUCACUGGAAAGGUCCGAAAGCGCCUGAUGCCGCAUUCGUCGAGCCGUUGUUCCAUGCCACCGUCACUGCGGGUAUGACAUAUACCGUUCUCAACAACGUCUGCAUCGCACUUGGGGUGGCACCUGUGCGUAAGCCCACUUUUUACUGUUACAUGCGCGGUGAGGCAAAUGUGCGAGAGGGUUGGAAUGCAAAGACCGUCAGGCAGGACGUGUGGUACUGCGACUUGGCCAUAGACACAGUUAUGCGAUCAGGGAAACCAGUCACUUACAUGGUUGAUGGUCGCUACGACUCGGCUAGGUCUGCACAACAUUGCACUUUUACCGCGAUUGAGUAUGAUAAUCGGCUUGUGGUGGGUGUUCAUACUCUUCGUCCAAAGACGGAGGGAACGGCAUCGAACCAACUUGAGGCUCCUGCUGUUGUGCGCCUGUUGAGAGGCUUGCUUUCGAGGGGGUUGCAAAUCAGGACUGUUGUCUCCGACGAUUAUGCUGCAUCGGGUCCGCAGUUGGGGCACCUCAGUAUUGAAUGGCAGAAGGAUUGCCAUCAUAAGAUGCGUUGGGGACAGAGAACUUUUAUGCGCAAGGGGGGUGACCCAUGUCGAUUGCCUCUGUACACACGCGACGAGCCUGUGUAUGAAAUCAUUUGGCAGACAUUGGGCAAGCAUUGCAGCACGACCGCUUGUUCGUACUACACGGAGUUCUGUCACACGUCGACGGUUGAGACCUUCCAGGGCACGAUCAUCAUCUACGUGAAGAAGGCCUUGCACUUCGGGAAGUCGUAUGAGCCGCGUUUGACAAUUGUAAUCAUUCGAUGGAACAGUCAUGCAUGGCAGGAUCCCGUGGAGUAUCGUACCCGCAGGCCUUCUGGGACUUCUAUUCGUCCAAGGCCGAGCUACUACCGUCACAAUCACCCACCUCAAAAUUCGUGGGUGGAUCUACUGUUGACGUUCAUCCUCGGUUCGCAUGGCAUUUCUGAUUGGGCUCGACGCCUUCUCGAGUACGACGAUUGUGAUGUGGUUGGCGAGGUUGGGUCGUCGACGCCUUCUUUCCCUCGCGAUUUUUUUUGUGGAGGCGAGGAGACCAUUGCCCGUGACGAGAACGCUGUUGAUUCGGGUGCGGAUCCCGACGUUGUGGGAGAUAACAAUGUUUUUAUCAUUGGCGUCGGGUAUCAGUUGCCUGACCAACAAAUGCUGUGUCUGAUUGAUCGUGCGAUUUUCUCUCUUACGCAGAUGAUGUCGAGUUGUUCGAUGAUUGAGAUUGUGUUAUGUCGUAGUCUUUUGUACAUGUGACUUUAAUAUUUGUUGGCUUUCGAGGUGGACGUGUUGAUGCUCACUGUCUUUAUGAUCUACUUUAUUUCAUUGUGUGACCUCAUCUCACAUUCUUGUUGUUUUUUUCUCUUUUUUCCUCAUGCGGUUGUAUGUUGUCACAUCGUAUGUAUAUAUGUAUAUGCGAUGAGCAUGGAUGCUCGUCAGUUAUAAAAGUGUAUCAGCAAACAUGUAUGUAACACAUAUCUCACAGAUAGCAUUGUUUCACACCAAACAUAAUGGAAUAUGCGCAUAUAACAUUUCAAAGCAAUUCAAUGAUCACAACCAUAUUGAAGAUAAAGAUUUGUAAGCUUA